AUGGAUGCCAUAUUAUCUAUCCCAAUGCUCUCUGUCUUCAUGAUACCAGUGCUGUCGUCCUACAGCACCAGUCUCAACCUUCUCUUCUUCUACAUGACAUGGUCAACGCUGGUGUUGUCGCAUACCCCUCUUCGGGUGGAAAUAUUUGGAACAAUUGCCGUGCGACUUAUCUUUUAUGCUUUGCCAUCCGUCCUCUUUUUUCUCUUUGACAUAUUGACGCCGUCCGCUGCGGUUGUCGUCAAGAAGCAUGGCGCCGCUGGCUUGCCUGGUGGAAAGAGACGAUCUCGUAUCCGAACACGUGAACUCAAGGUUGCCGGAUGGUCACUGCUAAAUCUUUGCAUGUCUAUUGCGGUCCAGUGGGGCAUUGAGACUUUAUGUGUGAGGGCGCUAGGCAUGCGCAGUGCGCUGAAGGUGUCGAUAAGGCUCCCGAUGCCAUACGAGAUGCUCAAGGACCUGUUGCUAGGAUUGCUUGGCCGAGAGGCCCUCACAUACGUUAUCCACCGCUUCGCCCUUCAUUCGGAGCAGUCUGUUCUUACCAAGUAUCACCUGUAUUGGUAUCAUUCGCUGCGCGCUCCGUACCCACUGACCGCGCAUUAUGACCACCCGCUCGCUUACUUGGUUUCAAACUUUAUCCCGACCUAUCUGCCGGCUGUGUUUUUCCGCUUCCACAUGCUCACAUAUCUCUGUUAUUUGGUCUUUGUUUCUAUUCAGGAGACCUUUGUUUAUUCCGGAUAUACCGUUAUGCCGACAAGUUUCUUUUUGUCAGGAAUUGCCCGCCGCACAGAAAUGCAUUUGUUUACUGACGGUGAAGGCAACUUUGGCGCGUGGGGAAUCAUGGAUUGGAUUUUAAAAACCAACGUUGGAGAUUCAGAUGAUGCUGCAGAUGAUGAGAGGGACGAGGCAGAUGAGCGGGAGCGGAAGGCCAGGCAAGUGUAUGAAGCUAGUCUGAGGAAACUCGCGCCAGGUUCCGGAAAAUCUAAGGGACAUGGGAAUGGGAGCCGGCGGCGAUAA